CUCUAUAGUUAAGUCGGGUUAAAACUACGCGACGCAACCGCGACCGCGAACGCGACCUCUUACAGGUACUAUGUGAUUCGAGAUCGCGGCCAAAUGCAUCGACAGCUGUGGAAGACGACGAAAAAAACAUAACAAAACAAAUAUUUUAAUAACAACAGGUAGCCUUGAACAGGUAGCCCUGUUCUAUCGAUAAUAUCUUCAUUCGAUAAACCGGGCCAAAUCGCGUUUUCAGAUAACGAUUAAAAGCGUGACAAAUAUAAUAAAGCUCUCGCAAACAAAUAACUUGACAAAACUAAAGUGAAAUAAAAGGACGGCCAGAUAGUGCCGAUACCGAUACCGAUACAACCACACAUUCCCGUAGCCGGCUCUAUCCGAUGUUAUCGGAAAAUUGACAGCGCUAAAUCCUUUGGAAAAUCCUCAAGUUCAGCUGCUUUUACACACACUGACCUUCAUUAUACAUACAUACCGCGUAUACAAGGUGUUUGUGCGUGUGUGUGUGCGCCUGCGAGUGUGUGGGUGCACUGGAAAAAGGCUGGAAGAGAAACACAGGCGGAUAAUCAGCGAAAAAUCAGGAUAUUUUGGUCCGCAAAAGUCGGAAAAGUCGCAAAACCCGGAAAAGCCCGUAAAAAGUCAAGGACGACAUGCUGCCCCCCGCCCACAAAAGUGGAUGUGGGUGGCUCACCCAUUAGAACUCCACUAAAACGCAAGCGCAGGAGUUUUUUUCCUUCAAGGAGUCAAGGCUUCUUCGUUUUCGGGGUCAUGGUCACAGGAUAUUGGAUAUAUAGGAGUUAGGAUAUAGCCGCAACAUCAUGUCCAGCGAAUCGUCCACCGAGGGCGAUAGCGAUCUGUACGAUCCCUUGGCCGAGGAGCUGCACAAUGUCCAGUUGGUGAAGCAUGUGACCAGGGAGAAUAUCGAUGCCCUGAAUGCCAAGUUUGCCAACCUGCAGGAGCCACCAGCCAUGUACUUAAUGGAAUAUCAGGAGUUGACCUCCAAACUGCACGAACUGGAAGCCAAGGAGCAGGAGCUCAUGGAGCGGCUGAACUCGCAGGAUCAGCAGGAGGACUCCUCCUUGGUUGAGCGGUUUAAGGAGCAGCCCCACUAUCAAAACCAAACCCAAAUCCUGCAGCAACAGCGGCAACUGGCCCGAGUGCAUCAUGGGAAUGAUCUUACGGAUAGUCUGGGCUCUCAACCGGGCAGCCAAUGUGGAACUCUGACCCGCCAGCCCAAGAUCCUUUUGAGAGCCCACCUGCCCAACCAACAACGCACUUCGGUGGAGGUAAUUUCGGGUGUACGACUUUGUGAUGCGUUGAUGAAGGCCCUAAAACUCCGGCAAUUAACGCCGGACAUGUGCGAAGUGAGCACAGCACAUUCCGGAGGAGGGGAAAUCAUACCGUGGCACAUGGAUAUAGGCGCUCUGCGCGUGGAGGAGAUCUUUGUGAGGCUCCUGGAUAAGUUCCCCAUCAGGACACACAUCAAGCACCAGAUCAUAAGAAAGACCUUUUUCUCGCUGGUGUUUUGUGAGGGCUGUCGACGGCUCCUCUUCACUGGGUUCUACUGCAGCCAGUGCAAUUUCCGUUUCCAUCAGAGGUGCGCCAACAGAGUGCCGAUGCUGUGCCAGCCUUUUCCCAUGGAAAGCUUUUACCAGCAGCUCCUGGCCGAGAAUCCCGAAAAUGGCGUGCCCGGGCGAGGUACUGCUAUCCGGGUUAAUAUGACCGGCCGCAGUCGCAGUCGGCGGUGCAGCAGCAGUGGCAGCAGCAGCAGCUCCAAGCCACCAUCCUCGUCCUCCGGAAACCAUCGACAGGGUCGUCCGCCAAGGAUCAGUCAGGAUGAUCGAUCCAAUUCGGCGCCGAAUGUGUGCAUCAACAACAUCCGUUCGGUCACAAGCGAAGUGCAGCGCAGUUUGAUAAUGCAGGCCAGGCCUCCAUUACCGCAUCCCUGUACGGAUCACUCCAACUCCACGCAGGCAUCCCCUACUAGCACGUUGAAGCAUAAUCGUCCCAGGGCAAGAUCCGCUGAUGAGAGCAACAAGAAUCUCCUUGCAAGGGACGCCAAGAGCUCCGAGGAGAAUUGGAAUAUCCUGGCUGAGGAGAUUUUGAUUGGGCCCCGGAUCGGAUCGGGAUCUUUUGGAACGGUUUACCGCGCUCACUGGCACGGACCCGUGGCCGUAAAGACGCUUAACGUGAAGACACCGAGCCUCGCCCAAUUGCAGGCCUUUAAAAACGAGGUGGCCAUGCUAAAGAAGACGCGCCACUGCAACAUCCUGCUUUUCAUGGGCUGUGUGUCCAAGCCAUCUUUGGCUAUUGUGACUCAGUGGUGCGAGGGAAGUAGUCUCUACAAGCACGUCCAUGUCAGCGAAACCAAAUUCAAGUUGAACACGCUCAUCGAUAUUGGUCGUCAGGUGGCCCAAGGCAUGGAUUACCUGCAUGCCAAGAAUAUCAUACACAGAGACCUGAAGUCGAACAACAUCUUUUUGCACGAGGAUCUCUCCGUGAAGAUUGGCGAUUUCGGACUUGCCACCGCGAAAACUCGGUGGUCAGGUGAAAAGCAGGCUAACCAGCCUACUGGCAGUAUUUUGUGGAUGGCGCCGGAGGUUAUUCGCAUGCAGGAGCUGAAUCCUUACUCCUUCCAAUCGGACGUUUAUGCCUUUGGGAUUGUGAUGUACGAACUGCUGGCAGAGUGUUUGCCCUACGGCCAUAUUAGCAACAAGGAUCAGAUCCUGUUCAUGGUGGGACGAGGGCUUCUACGCCCGGACAUGAGCCAAGUGCGUUCGGAUGCGCCGCAGGCAUUGAAACGUUUGGCCGAGGACUGCAUCAAGUAUACGCCCAAAGAUCGACCGCUCUUUCGGCCGCUGCUCAAUAUGCUGGAGAACAUGCUGCGCACUUUGCCCAAGAUCCAUCGCAGUGCCAGCGAACCGAACCUGACGCAAUCGCAGCUGCAGAACGAUGAAUUUCUGUAUCUGCCAAGCCCUAAAACGCCGGUGAACUUCAACAACUUUCAGUUCUUCGGCAGUGCUGGAAAUAUUUAGACAGCGUGCUGUACCUGUACUUAUAUUCUGCGUGAUCAAAGUGAACCUAUUUCUAGGCGUUUUUUCGUUUUUGUCCCUCUGUACAUAAGCGAUUCACGAAGGGGACGGAUUUGGCCUGCCCACCAAAGUGAAAGAGAUGGGCUGUCUGCCGACCCAAAGCAAAAACUGAUGCUUUUCUUGGAACUGACAAAGUGCAUUUCUGUUACCACAAGACGACUACAAAACUAUAAACUAAACUGCAACGCCCAUGUGUACAUAACUGCAUCAUAACUUGUAAACGUUAGGCAAGACUACUGAAACUAAACUAAACUAAACUAGCUGAUCGCAAUUACAUUAUACACAUUAUACUUAUACUACAAAAA